AUGGAGUCAUCAAGAGCUGCUAGUAGAGACCACAGGCAACCUCUUGAGGUCUUUGAAACUUCACUGGAACAAGGCAUAGGACAGCAAGGUGGCAGUAGGGGUCAGGGUGUAGAAGUGCAAGUACUUCAAGCGCAAGGUGAAGCAUUCGGGAUCUCCACCACUGACAGAGAGUCUGUCAAUAAGUGGAUGGCAUUUGAGCAGGCCAGUGGAGCUGCUGACGCUCCCAUUGCAGACUUGAAUGGAAAGGCCAGAGCAGGAGGAAAAGAUAAUGGCAAUGUGAAUAAAACAGGCGAUCGGAUUCUAACGGAAGCUAACAUAGCAGCAAGGACUGCAGAAUGGGGACUGGUGGUGAGGACAGACGUGGGAGAAGGUAGUUUCUGUGGAACAAGUAUGAAUGCAAGAAAUUCAUUUGAGGGAGGCGAUAAAAAAAGCAAGGAUUCGUCACAGAGAUUGGCAGUCGAAUCAAUCAGGACAUCAGAGGACUCAAUAGUUGGAUCUGCAUUCCCAAGGGUAUCUCAGGAUUUGAAGGACGCUUUGGCAACGCUGCAACAGACAUUUGUUGUGUCCGAUGCCACUAAACCUGAUUGCCCUAUCAUGUAUGCAAGCAGCGGCUUUUUCAGCAUGACUGGUUAUUCUUCAAAGGAGGUUAUUGGAAAGAAUUGCCGUUUUCUACAGGGGCCAGAGACAGACCAAAAUGAAGUGGAGAAGAUACGGAGUGCUGUCAGAACAGGAAAAAGUUAUUGUGGGAGGCUCUUGAAUUACAAGAAAGAUGGCACUCGUUUUUGGAAUCUCCUGACAAUCAGCCCUAUCAAAGAUGACAGUGGAAGGGCUAUCAAAUUUAUAGGAAUGCAGGUUGAGGUUAGCAAAUACACAGAAGGUGUGUAUGACAAGGCACUACGACCAAAUGGAUUGCCUAAGUCGCUAAUCCGUUAUGAUGCUCGUCAAAAGGAAGAGGCUUUAGGUUCCAUCAUAGAGGUUGUACAAACUUUGAAGCAUCCAAGACCUGACAUUCAGUCGGUAAAUCAAGAAACAACUAGCAUACAUGAAGAUGAGAAGUUAAACCUCAAUUUUAUGCUCCCUAGCUCUGCUGAAACUGAAAGCAUGAGUACACCUGGUAGACAAACUCCUCAAUUGUACUUUAGAAGUGAUCUAUCUCGCUCAAGUUCCCAUCAGGAGUCUGAAAAAAAAGCUAGAAAAUCAGGACGCAUUUCAUUAAUGGGGUUCAGAAAAAGGUCUUUCAGCAUUGCAGGGAGGCAUGAAGAUCCACCAAGUAUUGAACCUGAGGUUUUGAUGACUAAAGAUACAGAACGUAGUAACAGUUGGGAACGUGCUGAAAGAGAAAGAGAUAUACGUCAAGGAAUUGACCUGGCAACCACGUUGGAACGCAUUGAGAAAAAUUUUGUGAUAACGGAUCCUAGACUUCCUGAUAACCCAAUUAUAUUUGCAUCUGAUAGCUUUCUCGAAUUGACAGAAUAUGCACGUGAAGAAAUCUUAGGAAGAAAUUGCAGAUUUCUUCAAGGACCUGAAACAGAUCAAGGAACUGUUUCAAAGAUAAGAGAUGCUAUCAGAGAACAAAGGGAAAUAACUGUUCAGUUGAUCAACUACACUAAGAGUGGAAAGAAAUUCUGGAAUUUAUUCCACUUGCAGCCUAUGCGAGAUCAAAAGGGGGAGCUUCAAUACUUCAUCGGUGUCCAACUAGAUGGAAGUGAUCACGUGGAACCCCUGCGAAACCGCCUCUCAGAGACUUCAGAACAACAAAGCACCAUGUUGGUCAAAGCUACUGCAGAAAAUGUUGAUGAAGCUGUAAGAGAACUUCCAGAUGCCAACUUGGUAAGGUUAAUGAAUAGAGCUACCUUGAGAGGUUAG